GGGGGGGUCAAAGUUAUGAGUCCAGUGCUUCAGCUCUGCGAUUGGGUCACUUCUCCUCCUAACUGGAUGUGAAUUGAGCUGUGACUUUGGAUGACUCGACUACCGGCGCGACUGUAAUGCUGUGGUCCUUGAGUGGAGAAAGAGACGCGUUGAGACCGGGAGGCACAGACAUGAUGGUACUUCUAGGCUACUUACUUUUCUGCCUGAAGAGGAUAGAGUGGUUCUACCCGUGACAAACGAGAAGAGCCGAGACCAGGGAGCCAGAAGAGAAACCUGCGGCAGUUUGGCUGAAAUACUGGAAAAUCGGGAAGAAACGCAAAUCAAGAAGUGUUCAACAGACCCUUGCGCACACGGGAACUACUUCUCGUUUUUUUUUCUCUUCCUUCCCGUGCGCCCCGGUCGGUUUUUGUCUGAGGCGGACUGACCGUGUGAGGCCCCCCCCCCCCCCCCCCCCACCCCCCCGCGGGCUGUGCCCCACUGAGGCAUGAGUGUGGGAAGGCCCCACCACCAAAGCUUCGUGUCCUGUGAAGAGGAGGGCCUGAGGCCGAGCACCAUGCCCGCCGUGGGCAGCUUCGGCAACGGCAAGAUCCACACGCGACGCAAGUCCCACAGCCGGUUCGUCAGCAAGGGCGGCCAGUGCAACAUCCAUUUCUCCAACAUGGACGAGAAGUCGCAGCGGUACAUAUCGGACAUCUUCACCACGUGCGUGGACGUCCGCUGGCGAUACAUGUUCCUGCUGUUCAGCCUGGUGUUUGUGGUCUCCUGGCUAACGUUCGGCCUGGCGUUCUGGGCCAUCGGCCUCCUGCACGGCGACAUGGAAAAACGCCAGGGGGACGACGGUUUUGCUCCUUGCGUCACGCAGGUCAACACCUUCGUGGCGGCCUUCCUGUUCUCCGUUGAGACCCAGACCACCAUCGGGUACGGGGCCCGCUACGUGACGGAGGAGUGCCCCUCCGCCGUCUUCAUGGUGGUCUUCCAGUCCAUCAUGGGCUGCGUCAUUGACGCCUUCAUGAUCGGCGCCAUCAUGGCCAAGAUGGCGAGGCCCAAAAAGCGCGCGGAGACGCUGCUGUUCAGCCACAACGCGGUCAUCGCGCUGCGCGACGGGAAGCUGUGCCUCAUGUUCAGGGUGGCCAACCUGAGGAAGAGCCACAUCGUGGAGGCUCAUGUGCGAGCCCAGCUGGUGAAGCCCCGUUUCACGGAGGAAGGCGAGUACAUCCCCCUGGACCAGCUGGACAUGAACGUGGGCUACGACAAAGGCACGGAUCGCCUGUUCCUGGUGGCCCCGCUCACGGUCAUACACGAGAUCGACGAAGAGAGCCCGCUGUUCGGCAUCAGCAAACAGGACCUCACGGCGUCGGACUUCGAGAUCGUCAUCAUACUGGAAGGCUUGGUGGAGGCCACGGCCAUGACCACGCAGGCGCGCAGCUCCUACCUGCCCUCGGAGAUCCUUUGGGGCCACCGCUUUGAGCCCGUCAUCUUUGAGGAGAAGAGCCAGUACAGGAUAGAUUACGCCUACUUCCACAAAACAUUUGAAGUGCCGUCCACCCCCAGGUGUAGCGCCAAGGACUUGGAGGAGAGGAAAUUCCCGACGCCUAGCGCCAACUCUUUCUGCUACGAGAACGAGAUGGCCUUCGCCAGCCGGGACGAGGAGGAGGAGGAGGAGGAAGAGGAGGGAGAUGUGCCGAAAGAGGGGAACAGGAAGUGCUCAUCGGAGCUGGUGAACGAGCUAAAGUCCUCCCGUAGAGAAUCAAAGAUUUGACUCGCUGGUUCUUGGUCGCUUUUAGGCGGGUAAAAAGAGGCCCUAUGACGGUCACGCCGCUGACAUGAGGACGCCUGUGAAGGUGGAGACACACAGAAGCACUGAUCUCCAACAGGCAAGCAGGGAUGAAACUCAUCACAUUUUCUCAUUGGAUUACCGCUCGCUUCCCUUGGGAUGAUUUUUGACGUUUGUCGGAUGCAACAAAAAACAACAACUUGCA